AUGGCUCACUCGCAUGGCUCGUCGGAUCCGAACAUGGCGGUGGCCAUGGUCUUUCAGAACAUCCACGCGACGCCGCUGUUCACGCUCAACUGGACACCUCGGAGCAGCGGCGCAUACGCUGGGACAUGCAUCUUCCUCAUCGUUCUCGGAGUCGUGGCCAGAGUGUUGCUCACGGCCAAAGCAAUCAUGGACCGGCGCUUCCUCGCUGCCGCCAGGGCACGACGAUACGUUGUUGUAGCGGGCAGGACAUCAUCAUCGACAUCAGCAGAGCCAGAGUCCGAGCGAAGCAGCGAAGACGCAGAGGAGAAGAAGACGGGUAGGCUGAUAAGCGCCCACGGUGUCGAGGAGAAUGUACGGGUAGUCAAUGCGACGGGGGGACCUCCGGUGAUGCCGUGGAGAUUCAGUGUCGACCUUCCCAGGGCGGCUAUGUUGACACUAAACGCCGGCGUCGGUUACUUGCUCAUGUUGGCUGUGAUGACAAUGAACGUUGGCUACUUUCUCUGUAUCCUAGUUGGCAUCUUCGUGGGCGACCUUGCCGUAGGGAGAUAUGCGCACCGUUUUGACGAGCAUUAA